UCCAAAAAGUUUAUCGAAGAAACGUUCAAGUUGUGACAGAGAAUAUCUCAGUCGUCUUUUUGUUGUUGCAGCCGACGAGGCUCUUCUUCUUCUUCUUCGCCGAUUAGAUCCCGUUGGAGAACCCAGAGACUCUCUUAGAUUCAGAUAGUGUUCUUGGAUAGUGCGAGAUAGUCAACCGAUGAUGUUGCAGUCGCAUUCGAGGUUUCUCCUUCAGACGCUGUUGACGCGUGCUCAGAAUCUUGAUAAAGCAGUGGAGCUAGAUUAUCAAUGGAUCGAAUUCGAUGAUGUUCGUUACCAUGUUCAGGUGACAAUUAAGAAUCCAAACAUAUUGUUGCUAUCGGUUUCGUUACCAAACCCACCACCUGAAGCAAUGUCCUUCGAUGGACUUCCACUGGGAGCUAUCGAAGCUAUUAAAACCACUUACGGCACGGGGUUUCAGAUCCUUGACCCUCCUAGAGAUGGUUUUAGUCUUACCCUCAAGCUCAACUUCUCUAAAGUUCGUCCAGAUGAAGCGUACAGAAACUCGUUAUUAACGAAGCUAGCUUCCAUUAGAGAAGUGGUGAUGGGUGCGCCGUUAAAGAUCAUUUUGAAACAUCUAGCUUCAAGGACGGUUGCCCCUGAGCUGGAUAGGCUUGUAGCAAUCAUGCAUAGACCUAACGAGACAUUUUUCCUCGUGCCUCAGGCUGAUAAAGUCACAGUGGCUUUUCCUAUGAGAUUUAAAGAUUCUGUAGACACAAUUCUUGCGACUUCUUUCUUAAAGCAAUUUGUAGAGGCGAGGCGUGCGGCGUCGCUUAGUAGUGCUCCUUCUUGCUCUUGGUCUCCAACCGCACCCCAGGAACUGGAAGGAGCUCCUAAAGAAACACUCUCUGCUAAUGCCGGUUUUGUAACUUUUGUCAUAAUGCCUCGGCAUGUGGAGGGAGAAAAGCUUGAUCCUACUGUAUGGAAUUUGUCAACCUUUCAUGCUUAUGUUAGUUACCACGUCAAGUGCUCAGAGGGUUUUAUGCACACCAGGAUGCGGCGUCGCGUGGAGUCUAUGAUUCAGGCUCUAGAUCAAGCUAAGCCAUUGGAGAAAACAAGAUCCAUGAACAACAAGUCAUUUAAACGGCUAGGACUCAACGAUGCCAACCACACCACUUCCAAGUAGUUCAAUCUCUCACGAAGCAAUUUUGUAAAACCUUGCGAGUAGCUGUUCAGACAUGUUUUUUUUACCACUGAAUUCAAUCUCUAUGAUAUACUUAAUUUUUUUUUUUUUUUUUGGUUUCAGAAUGGUUCUUUAGUACAAUUCUUUCAGAUAUUUUUGAUCAAAUGUAUGAUUCUUAAACUGUAAGAAAUUCACACGAGAGCGAAUCAUAGAGGAUCUUCUAGGUUUUGUAAUAAUCAUUGUGGUU